AGAAUUUUUUAUAAAAUGGAUAGUACAGAUAGCUAUGAGACUAGCAAGAAAACUCCUGAACAUGUAAACGAGAAGAAGAAAGAAGAGAACACUCUUAAUCUUCUUGAUAGAAACAUAGAUAACCUUUCAGAAAAAUUUCCUUCCAUCAAACCAACCUUAGAAAACUAUUCAGAGAAGGCGAAGGACAGGAUGAUCAAGCUUAAGCAAGAUGAAACUCUCUAUCAAUAUGCUAAAAGCGUGCUAAAAGCUUAUGAAACCAGCAAGAAAAAGAUUGCCUACACUCGCCUUUCUCAAAUACAUGGUGAAUUAAACAGAACAAAAAUGGGUAUUAACAUUACAAAUUGAGGAACCAUAAUAUGGAGAGAUCAAGAUUUCUUUCAAAGGACUCUCCAGUUAAAUAAAGAUCUUAAUGAGCAAUGAGAUAAAUAUGAUUCCUUACUAGAUUCAAAAGUUGUGGAAGAGAAGACCUGUGCUCAAAAUGAUGAUAUAAGCUUGAUUAAGAAACUCUCAAUUUUUGGAGAAGAAGAAACAUUAAAGAGCACUAGAGCUCUUGUCUCUCAAGAAGAACAGAUAGAAGAGGAAAGCUGCAAGCUUGACACUCACAUAUGCUCUGUUAUUCAUCGUCAAGGAUUAAGGAAGAUGUUUGCUAUUAGUAAUUAUAAUCAUUUGCAGCCAGAAGGUGUCCUAAAUAUUAUUCCAAGCCAUCUAAAUUGCAUUUAUUUUAUGAAAAAGCUGAAGGGUGUACACCUUCCUCCUCUAGAAAUGAUCAAUUUUGAUAUGAAACUUCCGAGGUUGAAGAUAUUACAGGAUUUCAUAGCCACCUCACUUCCUGGGAUCUGUAAUAAAAUAAGGUUUUAUUCUGGCCAGCUUUCUAGUUGGGGACCUUUACUGCCUUCUAUCAUACGAGUGAGUCAUAAAGCUAGUCAGUCAUUAGCCCUUUCAAAUGGUAAAAUAAAUGAGCCACAGUUGAAGAGACUUUUGAGAGCCAAUAAGGACAAAACUGAACUAUACAUAACAAAAUGUUGAUAUGAUUUGGGUCAUUCACCUGACUUCACUAGCUGUUUGAAGGGGACUUCUAUCCAAAAGAUCACCUUUUCAAAUUCUGAAGGACAAGCAUACAACAAUUGGGUGGAUUACCCUGAAAGACUAGAACAUUUAUUAGGAGGCUUGUUAGAGUCAGACUUAAAGCACUCUCUUGGUGAGAUAAGUUUUGGGUUCACUUACCUCAAAAGCAACAGUGUCAAAGCUAUUUUAGAAAAGCAUGGACUGCCUGACAUUGAGUUAACUGGUAGAUUUCAAGGCGACAAUGACUUAGACAGCAUUUGUUCAGUGGCUUCAAGUGACGAAGAUUCUAGUUCAUAAGAUUGGCUAAAAUUAUGCACUCAA